AUGGCCAACGACAGUGUGACCGUGAAGGGCAAUGUGGUGGUACUGGGCUGGGGAAGGCAGGAGGGGAACGUGCUGCCGAAGGACUUGCACCAGGCCACGGAGGUCUCGGUGCUGCCCAACAAUCUGUGCAACACGGACUCGGACGGGUGGCCGGAGCUCGACAUAUUGGAGAGCAUGGUUUGUGCCUUUGGACAGGGAAAUGGUCAGGACACCUGCCCAGGUGACAGCGGGGGGCCGAUGCUGGUUGCAGACAAAGUGGGCAACGAUCCCGACAACGGCGACCCCAAAGAGGACUUGCUGGUGGGAAUCACAUCGUUUGGGGAACUUGGAAAGGAAUGUGGGGAAUCUACACGGCCGGGCGUGUACACACGGGUCAGCUCGUUCCUGGAGUGGAUCACAGAGAAAAUCGAAGAAACGGAUGGCAAGCCGCUGGAUGCCAGCCCGCCGCCAAUGCCCACAGCCCCAGCCCCGGCCCCUGAGGAUGUUGCCGUCUGCCAGGACUGUGGGCUGCUGGUGCUGGGAAGGUGUCUAUUUUGCCAGGACAGCGACGAUGACCGAUGA